CACGUUGACAAACGUCAAACAAGGCAAGAAAAAAAAACAAGACAAUAUUGGAAAAAAGUUAAAUUUAGUAAACUACUGCAAAAAGUGCCGAAUAAAAAUAUAUUAGUUCUUAUUUAAAGCGUCUGUUGCUAUUGAAACAAACCCCAAGACAUCCCAGUGGUGAUAACCAUUGAGUUUUUUAGAAUUUUCCUGAAAAAUGGCGGAUCCCUUGAGUUUAUUGCGCCAGUACAACAUAAACAAACGAGAUAUUAUUGAACGCGAUGGGCAAAUAAUAUUUGGCGAAUUCUCCUGGCCGAAAAAUGUGAAAACAAAUUAUCUCAAAUAUGGAUCCGACAAAAAGGAUGCACGAGAGUACUAUACGCUAGAAUGUCUAUUGUAUCUUUUGAAAAAUGUCAAGUUACAGCAUCCGGUGUAUGUGCGUCAGUGCGUUGCCGAUGAUGUACCCGCUGUAAAUCGUCCCGAUCGUAAAGGUCUUUUGGCAUAUCUCUAUGGCGAAACCACCACCUGCCCUAGCAUCGAUAAAAGUGCCCCUCUUGAAAUACCAACUCAGGUCAAACGUCCCGCUGAUGGCGAAACUGCCGGCAGCGAGGGAAUUGCUGCCAAAAAGGCUCGCUUCGAAGAUACGCAGGUUCAAAAGGUUCGCGAACAAUUGGCCGCACGUUGGGAUGUCAACAAAAAGGAAGCCACAGUCAAUAUGGACAAUAUUAAAUCAUUGUCCGAGACCAUGUCGGUGGAAAAAAUUGCUGCCAUCAAGGCCAAACGUUUGGCCAAUAAGAGAACGACUAUCAAGCGAACAGACAAUGAAGAUGCUAUGGCCACCGAUUUGAGGGCCAUUUUGGAUUUUGAUGUGGACUCGACCAAGGACAUUAUAAGUCGCGAGAGGCAAUGGCGUACUAGGACCACAAUACUACAGAGUACUGGUAAAAUAUUUGCCAAGAAUAUUUUUGCCAUACUACAAGGUAUAAAGGCAAGGGAGGAGGGGCGCAAUAGACCCAUGCAACAAAAUACCAUAAAGAUGCCAGAACCCGCUAGAAUCAACAAACCACAACCUCAAUUAACACAAUAUAAUCGUUACGAUCAGGAAAGAUUCAAUAGGCAAAAAGAGGAAACGGAGGGCUUCAAAAUCGAUACUAUGGGUACCUAUCAUGGUAUGUCUUUAAAAUCUGUGACAGAAGGAUCUCAGGCACAGCGUAAAGCUCAAAUGACGCCACAAAUGGGCCGUCCAAAAGAGCUUUUGCCCACUAAUCAGGCUCGUCAAGUGGCUCCAACACCCCAAAAGCGUGUAUCACGCACACCUAUUAUCAUUAUACCUUCGGCUAACACCAGUCUGAUCACUAUGUACAAUGUUCGAGAUAUAUUACAAGAUUUGAAAUAUGUCAGCACCGAUGAAAAGAAACGAGCUGGCUGUUCCAGAGAUAAUGAGGUCCUCUUGCAGCGCAAGAAGCAAAAUAUGACUGUACCUUACCGUGUCAUUGAUAAUCCACAAAAGCUAACAGCACAAGAUUGGCAACGUGUUGUAGCUGUAUUUGUUAUGGGACCAGCUUGGCAGUUUAAAGGCUGGCCUUGGGAUGGAAAUCCAGUAGAGAUUUUCUCUAAAAUUUCUGCAUUUCACUUACGGUUUUCGGAAUUAAAAUUGGAUGCUAAUGUGGGCAAAUGGUCGGUGACUUUAUUGAAUCUGUCUCAAAACAAACGCCAUUUAGAUCGUGCAGUAUUAAUGACAUUUUGGGAAACCCUGGACAAAUACAUGGCAAAAUAUAAACCUGACUUAAGAUAUUGAAUUAUAGAUUUUUGUUCUUUCAUGUUGUUGUUUAUUAAGCGAAUAUAAAUUAAAAAAAAAUACAUAUACACUUGAAAGACGUGUCUUCUGGUAGUCACAUUGGUUCUUAUAUAAAAACAUUUCUUUAGAUUAGUCCAGUUUCUUAAAUUAAAAAAGUCAAAGAAACGUUUGUAGAUUAGUUUAAAACAAAAAAUAUUUACAAAUUCUAACUCUCUCCAAAAUACACAUACAUACUACAUAUUACCCCCUCCAUGAAAUUGUGUCUGAAAUCAAUUAAGCACGAUAUGUAUAAACAAAAUUUAAUAAAAACAAAAUAAAUAAAUAAAAAUUUUGUAAAAGAA